AUGCGCGCCCACCGCUUCCGUCUCGUCACCUCGGCCGCGCUGGCUGCCUCGCUCGAGGACCCGCGCGCGCUGGAGGCGGAGGCGGCGCGGCGCGGCCAGCCAGGCGCCGGCUUUGAGAUGCUUGGCAGCUACGGAGGCGGGCCGGCGGGCCGGCCUGCAGGGAGCGCACCGCUGCAAGCGGCGAUCGAGAUGCCGCGCGGCUUCUGUUGCGGCUGCGGCGUCCGCUUCCAGGCGAACGACGAGGCCGCGCCAGGCUAUCUGCCGGCGUCCGUGCUGCAGCAGAGGCUUGCGCCGAGGGAGGCGGUGUGCCAGCGCUGCCACUCUUUGCGCUACCAGAACCGGCUGCCGUCGGAUGGCUUGCGUGUGGGCGGCGGCGUGCAGGGCGCCGACGACCCGGAUGCAGCGUCACACGCGGAGCUGCGGCCGGCGCACUUCCGCGCGCUGAUCCGAUCGCUGCGGUCGAAGCAGUGCGUCGUCGUCUGCCUGGUCGACCUCUUCGACUUCCACGGCUCGCUCGUGCCAGAGCUGCCCUCGAUCGUGGGCGAGGACUCCCCCCUCAUGCUCGUCGACCUCCUACCCAAGGGCAUCCACCAGCCAGCGGUCGAGCGGUGGGUGCGCGCCGAGUGCCGCCGCGCCUCGCUGCCGCACCUCCACUCCCUCGACCUCGUCUCGGCGAGGACGGGCGCGGGCAUGCCGCAGCUCACGACCUCGCACCUGCCCGGGACCACGCUCGGCUUCGUCAAGACGGCGCAGCUCGGAGGGCGGCACGCGCUGUACGACACGCCCGGCCUCGUCCUGCCCAACCAGCUCACCACGCGCCUCACGGCGGACGAGCUCGCCGCCGUCGUGCCGAAGCGGCGCGGCCAGCCCGUCUCGCUUCGGCUCGAGGAGGGCCGCUCCCUCCUCCUCGGAGGACUCGCGAGGCUCGACCUCGUCGCCGGCCGCCCCUUCCUCUUCACCGCCUAUCUGAGCGACGCGGUCACCCUGCACCCGACCGCCACCGCAAAGGCCGCCGAGGUGCGGCGCAAGCACGCGGGCGGCGUCCUCACGCCGCCCGCCUCUCUCGAACGCCUCGAGGCGCUCGGCGAGCUCGAGGCGCAGCACGAGCUCCGCGAGCACGAGCUCCGCGUCGAGGGGCGCGGCUGGGGCGAGGCGGCGGUCGACGUCGUCUUCCCCGGCCUGGGCUGGAUCGCUGUCACCGGCUCGAGCGGCUAG